CCCCAAAAUAAUAAUCCCCAAUUCAUCCUUCCCUCUCACCAGCGCUCGACGCUCGCUUGCUCCCUGCACGCCGCCUGUCGUUUUAACAGAGCUCCGGUUUUGCCGCUGCUUGAUCUAUCGAACGCGUCCGCGAUCCUUUCAAACCCACGUCACGUCACGGCGGGGCCUCCACAGUGCCUAGUCCAACAAGGCAUCGCGACUGGACGAGUUGGUCCAUCUCAUCCACGCCUAUUCGCCCGCCCACACAAACAUAUAAACACCGUCGAGCCAACAGUCCCUAUACACGUGCCGGUAUGGAGAUGCAGCAGGAUCCGCUCCCCGUCGAGGAACCUGCGCCUGCAGCAAUCGAGGAAGUGACAGUUGCGGCGGUCGACGAGCAGAGUCCUGCCAACAACAGCGCCGCCGUGGCAGGGAGUCAAGAUAUGCCGCCUGUCGAGAACUUGACCAUUGAGAGCCAGGACGGACAGAAACACACAGACCAGCCCGUCGAGGUGGACGACAGCAUGAACACCACCAUUACCGCUUCCACUGUUGGCCCGCUGCCCGAGUUUCAGCCCAGCAAUGGCUAUGCGCCCGAGCAACACCAUCACCGUCCCCAGACCUCCUACUCCGACACUACCUACUCCCCACGCUAUUCGCAUGCUGAUGCGCAUUACGGCUCACGCUUCGCGACCUCGUCAGACGCAGACACGCCUCCGCGGCAUGGUUACUACAAGGAAACACAGAUGGGCCGGUCACAGUCACGCCCAAACUCGCAAGUGGGCUACAGGGCACAGUCCGAGAAUGGUGCUGCAUAUCAGGAACAACACCAGCGCAGUUCGCAACCUCAACAGGAAGCCCCCACCAAGAACACUAGUGUUGUGAUCAAAGUGGGCAUGGUUGGCGAUGCCCAGAUCGGCAAGACCAGCUUAAUGGUCAAGUAUGUCGAGGGCAGCUGGGACGAGGAUUAUAUUCAGACAUUGGGGGUCAACUUCAUGGAGAAGACCAUCUCAAUCCGCAACACCGAAAUCACCUUUUCCAUCUGGGAUCUUGGAGGCCAGCGCGAGUUCGUCAACAUGCUUCCACUUGUCUGCAAUGAUGCUGUAGCCAUCCUGUUCAUGUUCGACCUCACCCGCAAGAGCACGCUUAACUCCAUCAAGGAGUGGUAUCGCCAAGGACGCGGCUUCAACAAGACGGCGAUCCCAUUCCUCGUCGGCACCAAAUACGACCACUUUGUCAACUUCCCGCGGGAGGAGCAGGAGGAAAUCUCGAAUCAGGCUAAGCGGUUCGCAAAGGCGAUGAAGGCCAGUCUCAUCUUCAGCAGCACCAGCCACAGCAUCAACGUGCAGAAGAUCUUCAAGAUCGUCCUCUCCAAAGCCUUCGACCUCAAAUGCACAAUUCCCGAGAUCGAAAACAUUGGAGAACCACUCCUGCUCUAUCAGAAUGUCUAGACGCCUGCGUUCGAGGCGAAAGGCGAAGAAAGAAAAAGAGAAGGACGCAUCAGUUGCAACGGUACAAUGGGGGAACUCGCAUUCGGUGGUUACUAUUCGGGUUGCAUGGCUUGGCGACUGGAGCAACUUUGGCGACGUGUUUUCGGCGGCUCAUUGGAAAUGGCGUUUGUGAAUCUGGGCUUUGUUCUGGAUGAGCUUGUAUGAGCACUGGUAUGCUCAGACACGGGCGAACCAUCCUUGGAAUCUGCGUCAGUAUCAUGUGCUGUUUGGAAUGAGGGAGAGGUAAUUCAUCAUCUACGAGCACGUACUCGGUUAUAUUGUAGUGUCUUAUUCACCACCUGCCACCACAAGUGGGCUUACUUUCACCAAACAUUCCCUUCUGCAUGUAUCGAACGGUUCAUAGUUCCUGGGC